AUGGCGCACUGGUUGGAUGCGGGACCGGAGUCACUACAUGCUGUCUCGAAAGUGAAUACUGCGAUGUCGACCUACUAUGCCAUGAUCGAGACACCGGCGCGGUCUCGCGACAAUACUACUCCUCGCCGUCGUGGCCGACUGACAAAUGCUCUGCGCUUUGCCCUCGUAUGUGUUGCCGUCGCGAUGGCCCGCUACAUCGUGGGUUUCCUUCCGGCUGACAGUGAUUCACAUCCAGAGUAUACGGCGGCCGGUGUGGACUUGACGGCUUGCGACGACAGCGGGACGAAAUAUUGUUGCGGUCCGUCGGCCGAGGCCUGCUGCAAGGCUGGGAAUUAUACGACAAUCGACAAGGAAACCGGAGAGAUCAUUGCCAUCGGAACGAGUACGAUUGCUACGACAUCGACAGCGACAUCCACCUCGACCAGCUCGUCAUCGAUUUCGACAUCCAUCGCAACAUCGGCCACCACCACUACUGCUGCAGGUAGCUCUGCGUCCUCAGCUGUUCAAAAGUCAUCAGGCAUGUCUGAAGGCACUAAACUUGGAAUUGGCCUCGGAGUCGGCCUUGGGGUGCCAUUAUUACUGGUUGGAGCCGCAGCUAUCUUUUUCUGGCGACGGUCUCAAAGAAAACCAACCGGUUCCCUUGAUGAAAAGGUGUUUGGGCAGGGGGCUUCUGCCACGCAAGCUGUUCUUUUGGAGAACAGUGAACUCCGGGGUAAACUGCCAGAGAAUGAAACAAGACACGAGCUGCAGUAG